GGGUCACCUCUUCCGCGUCUCGCUCCGGGAUGCGCCCUGCCGCUGGGCUCCUUCCCGGGCUGCGGCCUCUCCCGCCUGCCCCGCCCUGCUCAGCCGCAGCCUUCAUAGGAACCGCUCUCCCCCCCCCCCCCCCCUGGCUGGAGCCUGUGCAGAUGAGCCUGGAGAAGAACGAGCGGCUUUGCCCGCCGGCGCAGGCUGCUGCGGAGGAGGAGGAGGAGGAGGAGCCCCAAGCGGCUGAGCCGAGCUGCGCCGCAGAAAGGCAGGUUUGCACAAGCGCCGGAGUCAGCGCCCUGACAGCCCGCACCAAGCGCUUCCGCCUCAGCAGCACCAGCCCGGAAGCCGCCUGCCGCCCAGGCCCUGGGAUGUUGCAGUCCAAAGCCAGGAAAGCAGCCAGCCCUUCGUGUACCACAGACGAAAAGCUCAAAAAGAGUGUGUUUUCUCUGCGGCUGACUAGAAAUAAAAAAGAGAAACAUGUUCCCCAUGACAGAACCGCUUUGUCAAGUGCCAGCCACAAAGGAAAGCCUACCUCAGUGGCCAAAGAAGAUGGUGCACGUCAUAAGGAGAGGCCUCAAAUAGGCAUUCCACCAGCACUUCAACCCAACCAAGAGAAUUACAGCAAGGGUGAAGUAAAACCGUCAGCCAUCUCUUCACCUGCCGGAUCCUCUGUAGACUAUGAGGAGGACAUGUACCGAGAUGCGGAAGAAAUAGAGAGAGAGAAAGAGUUGCUUGUGUUUGGGACAGGCACUUCAGUUUCCACAGAAAAUAAACUAAGUGUUGCACCAGAAGUAGAUAUCAUGGAUUAUUGCCAGAAGGAAUGGAGAGGAAGCACUUCUAGUGCCAAGCGUAUGAGAAAGGGCUAUGAAGCAGUUUCACAAAGGUUCAUUUCCAUCAGGAGAGUGCGAGGGGACAACUACUGUGCAGUCAGGGCGACACUGUUUCAAGCCCUCAGCCAAACACUCCAGCUUCCUGGCUGGCUCCAGAGCAAGGACCUGAUGCUGCUACCAGAAAAGUUGAUGGCCAAAUACGACUGGAUCUCGGAGUGGCAAAAACUAACUGGGAAGGCAGAAAACUGGACUGACGAAAUCAAAGAAUGUUUACUGUUGCUGAAGCAGAAGUGGGAAAGCAUAAGUGAAAUGAAGACCCUUGUGGAGAGGCAAGCUGCUUGCGAUGAGCUUUUCAGAGGCGAAGAGGACGAAUACAACCUGUACGAAGCAGUGAAGUUCCUCAUGCUCAACACGGCCAUCAAGUUAUACGAAGACAACAAGAAGGGGCUGGAGGUGCCGGAAUUCUCCUGGCUUCUCUUUGCUCGGGACACGUCCAGCGACCCUUUUCAGCUCAUGAAAAACCACUUGAACCAGCUUGGGCACACAGGAGGCCUCGAGCAAGUGGAGAUGUUCCUCCUGGCCCACGCUCUGCAGCUUUCCAUCCAUGUUUAUCGCCUGUACAAGCACGGCACAGACGAGUUCCUCGCUCUCUACCCCAGUCCCCCCGUAGCAGACUGGCCCGUGGUGACCCUGAUCACCGAAGAUGACAGACAUUACAAUAUCCCUGUCAGAGUGUGUGAAGAGACAAGUUUGUAAAAUGACUUUUGUGAAUAAACAAUGACCAGGCA